AGGCGCACAGACGCCAGACGCACCGGAGCGGGUUAGUGUGGAUACGCGGCGGAGCGCAGACUCUUAACGGACUCUUAACAGCGCAACUCCGACACAAAUGGAUUUUUACGUGGCCCUGUUAUCCCUUUUCUUUUUUACUAAACCAUUUUCGGCUUUCGGAUCAGAUCAAGACUACCAGAUAGACAUCAUCCAUGAACUUGACCUGGCUAAUGCCACCUAUGGAAUUACCCAAGUGGCAGGUCUCCACAACAGCAGCAAAGCUUUCCUUUUCCGAGAUGUUGGGAGAGCAGUUCACGCCCCGGCACACAUCACAGAAAAAGUGGUGCAGCUGUUCAGGAGUAAAAGUGAGUUUACCUUCCUGGCCUCCAUCCAGCAGAAGUCCUCCACGUCUGGUGUUAUAUUCUCCAUCCACGAGUCAGAACACAGUUACUUUGAGCUGGAGAGCAGCGGGGUGAGAGAGGAGAUCCGCUACCACUACCGCUUCAAAGGCAAGCCACGCUCCGAGUCCUUCCCCUACCGCCUCGCAGACGGCCAGUGGCACAAGAUCGCCCUCACCAUCAGCGCCUCCCACCUCCUGCUGCACGUGGAUUGUAACAGGAUUUAUGAGCGAGUGAUUGACCCCCCUCAGAUGGAGCUCACCCCGGGCAGUGGAGUGUGGCUGGGCCAGCACAGCCACAAGCACGGCCUGUUCAAGGGUGUAAUUCAAGAUGUGAAGCUGAUUUUCGCACCCAAUGCAUACAUCACUCAGUGUCCCAACCUCAACCGCACCUGUCCGACCUGCAGCGAUUUUCUGAGUCUGGUACAAGGCAUCAUGGACCUCCAAGACCUACUCGCAAAGAUGACACUAAAGCUGAACUACGCCGAAUCCAGGCUGACCCAGCUGGAAGGCUGUCACUGCGAGAGGACCUGCAGCGCCAAUGGCCUGGUGUACCGUGAUAAAGAGCUGUGGGUAGAGCCAGAGAACUGCAGAAACUGUGCGUGCAAGAAUGGUGUGGUGGAGUGUCGCAGGAUUUUCUGUCCUCCAGCAAAUUGCUCUGAAGACUUGCUGCCGGUGCACGUCGAAGGGACCUGUUGCAAGAUGUGCAGACCUAAAUGUACCUACAUGGGACAGACGUUUUCUGAAGGCCAGCGCUUUUUAUCCAGGAGCUGCAGGGAAUGCAAGAACGGCCUGAUGGUGAAAGUCACAGAAACCUGUCCGGAGAUCAACUGCACCCUCGUCGAGCAGAUCUUACCAGAUGGCAGGUGCUGCAACGUCUGCCGAGGUUAUGACUUCUGUGCGGAGGGACUCAUUUGUGGAGAAAACUCGGAGUGCAAAAACAGGAAUACUAAAGCAGAGUGUGAAUGCAGGAGCGGCUACGCCUCCAUCCACGGGGAUUCUACUUACUGUGAAGACAUUGACGAGUGCGCGACGCAGAUGCAUUACUGCCAGUCCAACACCGUGUGUGUCAACCUGCCCGGCAGCCAUCGCUGCGACUGUCUGCCAGGCUUCAUUAGAGUGGACGAAUACUCCUGCACCGAGCAUGACGAGUGCGCCAGUGGCCAAAAUUUGUGUGAUGAGAAUGCCAUCUGCACCAACACCAUCAGAGGACACCUGUGUACCUGCAAGCCAGGCUACGUGGGCAACGGCACCAUCUGCAGAGCCUUCUGUGAGGAGGGAUGUCGGAGUGGCGGGACCUGCGUGUCGCCCAACACCUGCGUCUGUCCCUCGGGAUUUACGGGGCGCCGCUGUGAGACAGAUAUCGACGAGUGCGCCGAGCGCCUGAUCGAGUGCCACAACCACUCCCGCUGCGUCAACCUGCCCGGCUGGUACCACUGUGAGUGCAGGAGUGGUUUCCAUGAUAAUGGCUCCUACCUGCUUGAUGGGAGCUCCUGUGUCGACAUCGACGAAUGCGGUUUGCAGACACACACCUGCUGGAACGACAGUGUGUGUGUGAAUCUCCCGGGAGGCUACGACUGUGUGUGCACGACGGGUCCAGGCUGCAGCGGCGACUGCCAGCAGGAGGAAGUAAUCAGGCGCAACGGAGAGGACUGGAAACCCGGCUUUGACCGCUGCGCUAUAUGCUCCUGCAAGGACGGACAGACGUACUGCAGGAGGAGACCCUGCGAGUGCGGCGAUCCAGAUGAGGAUCUGUUCUGCUGUCCUGGCUGCGACAACAGACCCAACAGCCAGUGUCUGGACAAGAGUGGCCGUAAACUCUACCCCAGCGGCGCGUCCUGGCUGGACGGCUGCCAGCAGUGUCGCUGCAUGGAGGGGGAUAUAGACUGCUGGCCUCUCGGUUGCCCUGUGUUGAUGUGCGAGUACACGGCAGUGGCGGAGGGCGAGUGUUGCCCACGCUGCGUCACAGACCCCUGCCAGGCUGAAAACCUGUCGUAUGACAUCCGGCAGACAUGUAAGGACCCCGCAGGCAUCGCCCGCCUCAGUGGAGACACAUGGCAUAUGCCCAAAUCACCCUGCACCACCUGCAAGUGUAAGAAUGGAAAUGUUUGCUGUUCAGUAGAUCUCGACUGCCUUCAGAACAACUAAACUCUCCCGUCCUCCUCCUCUUCCUCCUCCUCGUCCUCUUCCUCCUCUCGUCCUUUCACCGUGGGACUCUGCCACAACCCUUCUGCCGAUUCUUGUCCUGGAUUCAUAAGACAGACUCUUGCACACAUACACACACAUAUGUGCAUGCCGGAGUGUGCACCGAAGAAACACGCCGACCCACACACUGGACAGACUCGAGUGUUGAGGCU